AUGCCAGGGAGUCAUUCACCCCUCUGGAGACCCUGGAUAAUGACAGCCAGAGACAUAGAUAGUCAGAGAUGGGGAAGGCAGAAUUUGCCAUCUCACAUGGGACAAAUCAAUCAUGAGAGUACAAGUCAGGCCAUGUCUUUAUUCACUCACCCAGUCAGACUGAUGUGGCCCAGGAGCAAAUGCUUUGACUACCUGUACAGCGAAGGACAAAAGCUUUUGGCGGCAUUCCCUGUGCAAGCUACAAUCAGCUUCUACGUAGAAUCUGAUACUGAUGACGAGGAUGAAGAAUUCAAUGAGGAAGAUGAAUUAGAAGAAUCAGCUAUAGAGGAGACUGCAUUAGGGAAAAUAACAGAACAGAACAGUUAA